AUCCAGUACUCGAAACGCAGUACUAGUGCUGUAGUAGUACUCAUGUACGACAAAUGUAGGCCUAUUAUUGUACUUUUUGAAACAAACAUCAUCACAUCAUGGAAGUCAAGUGAAUCCUCGAAAUCGCUAUUUAACUCUCGUCUUUUAUACGAAGUCAUAUAGGUGUCCAAGAGCAUUUUCUAAAUACAGUUGAGACAUCUUCUGGAACCCUGGAGGAGGGUCUGUCCGACUUCGCCAUGAACAUCCCCGGCUGGGACGCGGGCGAAGUCACGAUAAAGGGCACGGUGGGCAUCUGCGCCAUGGCCAAGAAGUCCCGCUCCAAGCCCAUGCGGGAGAUCCUGAGUCGGCUGGAGAUUUUUGAGCACAUUGAAAUCAUCAUCUUCAAGGAGGAGGUUAUCCUCAACGACCCUGUGGAGGAGUGGCCCAUCUGUGACUGCCUGGUCUCCUUCUUCUCCCAGGGCUUCCCACUAGAGAAGGCCAUCGCCUAUGCCAAACUACGCAAGCCGUUGGUCAUUAACGACCUGGAGGCACAGUAUAAUCUUCUGGAUAGGAGGAAAGUCUACAAGAUAUUGUAUGAGCAAGGAAUCGCUGUACCUCGCUUUGUCUUCUUUGACAGGGAUAGCGACAGUCUUGAUAAUAUGAUGAAAGAAAUGGACGACCAGAUUGAAAUCUGCGGGCAACUGUUCCACAAACCAUUUGUGGAGAAGCCUGUCUCGGCGGAGGACCACAAUAUCUACAUCUACUAUCCCUCAUCGGCUGGGGGAGGCAGCCAGAGGCUGUUCAGAAAGAUUGGAAGCCGAAGUAGUGUUUACUCCUCUGUCAACACGCUGCGUCAAAAAGGCUCAUACAUUUAUGAGGAAUUCAUGCCUACAGAUGGCACAGAUGUCAAGGUUUACACUGUGGGGCCAGACUAUGCCCAUGCUGAAGCGAGGAAGUCACCGGCCUUGGAUGGCAAGGUGGAGAGGGACAGUGAGGGCAAAGAAGUCCGGUACCCAGUCAUCCUGAGCAACCAUGAGAAGCUGAUUGCCCGAAAGGUCUGCUUGGCAUUCAAGCAAUCUGUGUGUGGGUUUGAUCUGCUGAGGGCCAACGGGAAAUCUUACGUGUGCGACGUCAACGGGUUCAGCUUUGUCAAGAAUUCCAAGAAGUACUACGACGACUGCGCCAAAAUAUUAGGUAACAUGGUGAUGAGGGAAUUGGCUCCUAGGUACAACAUCCCCUGGCAGAUGUUCACCAUGGAAGAGGAGAUUCCAUAUGUCCCCACAACGUCCGGCACUGUGAUGGAGUUGCGUUGUGUUAUAGCAGUGAUUCGCCAUGGCGACCGAACCCCAAAGCAGAAGAUGAAGAUGGAGGUCAAACACCCAAAAUUCUUCAAGCUGUUUGAGAAGUACGGCGGCUUUGAGCAGGGCAAGAUCAAGCUGAAGAGGCCCAAGCAGCUGCAGGAGGUGCUGGACGUGGCCCGCUACUUGCUGGAGGAGCUGAAGAGACAGAAACACAGGAACAGACUUGAGAUUGAGGAGAGAGAAUCCAAGCUGGAGCAGCUGAAGUCUGUCCUGGAGAUGUAUGGUCACUUCUCAGGCAUCAAUCGCAAGGUUCAGCUCAAGUACCAGCCCCAUGGCCACCCACGGCACUCAAGCAGUGAAGAAGCUUCCUCAGCUUUGUUAGCUUUACAUGGUAUACAAUCACUUCCGAACCUCAGUGCAGAUGUAGAAAGUGACGAGCCUUUGGACUCCUCGUCAGCAAGUGGGGCACGUCGCCUAUCUUUUGAUUUCGAUCUGCAACAAUCUGGAUUUAUUGAGAAAGACUGUAAGGCAGACCCAUCCUUGUUGCUGAUCCUGAAGUGGGGAGGCGAGCUGACAGAUGCAGGCAGGGAGCAAGCCGAGGAAUUGGGCCGGGCCUUCCGCUGCAUCUACCCUGGUGGCCAAGGAGAGUAUGCCGGUUUCCCUGGCUGUGGGCUUCUGCGCCUUCACAGUACAUACCGCCAUGACCUAAAAAUCUAUGCGUCGGAUGAGGGCCGGGUCCAGAUGACUGCGGCAGCAUUCACCAAGGGCAUGUUGGCCUUGGAGGGUGAACUCACCCCAAUCCUUGUCCAGAUGGUCAAGAGCGCCAACACCAACGGCCUGCUGGACCACGAGAAGGACUCAGUCACCAUCCAGGGAAAGGUGAAGGAGACACUGUAUGACCGAUUUCGCAAAAAUGGUACCUUCAGUGAAGAGGAUAAACAGGAGCUUGCACCAACGGGAAGCAAGUCCCUCCUCUACUCCCUGUCUCGCAUCCAGAACCCCAUGGAGAUGUGUGAAAAGAUCUACGCUCUCAUCAAGGAGUUAACCCAUCAGGUGCGACAGUGCAUCGAGAGCAAACCUUUCCAGGAAGAACUAAUCCUGUACAGCAACGAAUCGCUGGAGCUGAUGCUGCGGCGCUGGGCUAAACUGGAGAAAGACUUCAAGACCAAAACGGGCCAAUUUGACAUCACCAAGAUCCCGGACAUCUAUGACUGCAUCAAGUAUGACCUAUUGCACAAUGAGAAGCUUAUCACCUCCCUGGGGUUUCAGGGGAUGUGGGACCUGUACUCCAGGGCGCAGGUGCUGGCCGAUGUCAUCAUACCUCAGGAGUAUGGCAUCUCCAAGGAAGAGAAACUGGAGAUAGGCACCAGCAUCUGCACACCCUUGCUGCGCAAGAUUCGCGCAGACCUGCAGCGCAUCAACUUUGAGGAAGAGACCACGUUCCGUCUCAACCCAAAAUACUCCAAGGGGGUCAUGUCCCCAGAUCGCCAUGUGAGAACCCGACUGUACUUCACCAGCGAGAGCCACAUCCAUUCGCUGCUGUCCUGCCUGCGAUAUGGCGGACUGUGCAACGAAGGGGCUGAUUCCCAGUGGGCCCGGGCCAUGGCCUACAUCGGGGAAGUCAAGGAGCUGAACUACAUGACCCAGAUCGUCCUCAUGCUGUAUGAGGACCCCAGCAAGGAGCCCAUGUCUGAGGAGCGCUUCCGGGUGGAGCUGCACUUCAGCUCGGGUGCCAAGGGCUGCAAUGCCACUGACAACCCCACGGUGGGUGGCUACCGCUCGGCAAAGGGAGACACUUCACCCACAGAGCCCCUCUCGGAGAACGACGAACCAGAUGGUACUUUCGAUGACACUACUGUCACCCGCGACAGCCCAGCGUUCUCGGUGACCGGCAAUGACAGCACACCCACGUCCUCCUUGGUGGGGUUGGACUAUUCAGGCCCGAAUAACCAGCAGGAUGUGGCCCAGGAUAGGCCCUGUGAUGACCGAACCGCCAUCUGGCCGACGCAGGGGAGCUGGAGGGCAGACCACGUGCUGAAGGUUGGGUUGGGGCUGAGGGAGAGGGAUGCCGGUCGGCCCAGCUCGGGCCCCGCCCUGACCCCUUCCAGGGCCAGCUUUAACACGCUGAAAGAUAUCAGCGAGCAUGACACACAGGACUCGGAAGACCACAUAUCAGCCAGUGGCAGCAGGAGUGGACUGUUGGGAGUCCACAGUGCCCCGACCUUCCUUGGAAUGGAAGACUCCAAUCCCAACGAUGCCAACUGGGUGGUCAGUCAGGAAGACCUGCUGCGACGGGUUUCCCAUUCUUCGGCCCAAGGAGUACGACUUGAUCACCAGAUGAAGGUGCCAUCUAUCCUUCCACUGGAGACACUCCACAACCACCUGUCCCUGAGGCAGAUGGACGCCUUCCUGGCGAACUUCACCCAGAAUGGGGCCCGGACCCCAGAGACCUUCACGCCGCGCCAGUCCUUCAAGCUGAACACCUUCACCCCCCGGCGGGUCCAACCCACCCCACUGUCCUUUGGCCGGGAGUCGGACGGCUCCCUGUACAGCCGGUCCACCAGCAACCCCUCCUCCAACACCUCCAGUGCCCUGCCCUCACCCACCGAGAGCAGUCCGGGCAACUUUGACUUUAGCGCCUUCAUUGACAAAGUGCGGCGAGAGGACCGGGGGCGGGGGUACGACGUGGGGAAUGGCCAGGACAGCAUUGGGCCCGCUUACCUGGACGGCGAGGAGGAGGGCAGGGACUCCACCCCCAGGAAGUUGAGAGGGGGCAGCAGCAGCGACUUGGGCCCGCUGGAUCUCAUGGAGCCAAUGGAGAUGCAAGAGACCGAUGCACCGAAGCCCGGAAAGCUGGGUAGAGGACAGUGCAGUGGUUUGACCGUGGACACGAAGUGUGCUGAAGUCAGUGAUCAGGAAAUGCAGGACCUUCAGACACCAACUAAUGUUUGAGAGACGCAACGCCUGCAGAGAACAAAGUACUGUCAAGCAAACCAAAGCUCAAAUUGCAGCAGUUGUCAACUCUACAGAGUAGUGCCAGCCUCAGAUUUUGGAAACAGAAUUGCUGCUCAUUAUGUGUACAGUGGAGUGUGCAACUAUUGUAUACUUACUGUCUGUUUGCACUGACACAUACACCUGCCAGUUUGUUUCCAAUGGUGACUCUUGGUCUUGCUAUAUAUUGCUCUGGCUGUAGCCAUUCAUCCCUCAGUGUACCUCCAAAAACUGUGAACAGUUUUCAACAUUGGGCCAGCUUAACCACUUGAUGCCGGGUGAUGCAUGAACACACAUAAUUUCUUUAUUUGUUCCUUGGAGGACGUGUACACUCGGAUUCUUUUUUCAUUUUCACGAUUGACGUAUUAAAACUUUGUGCGAUGUUGGGUCAACGCACAGUUGCAAGAUUGCAGAAUUUGUGGGUAAAAAAACUGCUACUAGCAGCUUUUUCAGGUAAGAAAAUCUGAUGUUAACUGGUUAACAAACCACCCCUUUGCAUGGUUGUUACUGUGCUGGUGCCAAUGCUGUGAGCAGAUCUGAAAUUUUGAAUAUAUUUAGGUUUCAGUAGUGACCUUUGUCCAAGUGAGUGUUAAACAAAACUGAACACAAACAGAACUCUGUAUCUUCCUCAGCUGUGGUUAAUUUUAUAAUUCCCUCAGUGUUGUCAGCCAUAUCAUUAGGAAGGCUUUCAAAAUUUAGAAUGACCCUGCUUCAGUUUAGAAAACAGCAGUUUUAGCUUAUGUUGAGGCAACAUACAAUGCACAUGUUUAUUAGCAUUUUCUUUCCACUUCGCCUCAGGAAAUCAGUCAGUCCACUUCCAUCAUCUUUCACAAGUAAGAAUCAAACAUCUGUCCCAAGAUUUAUUAGAAUGGAAGCAGAAACCCUUUAGACUUUAUUCAUGAGUCAGGUGAAUUGAAAUUGAGAGUAGAAUGAAAUUUCAUGACAAAUUGGUACCUGUCUACUCUUCAGAUACACAAUUGGUACUCGGUAAUAGUUUAACAUGGUAAGGAACCAUUGAAAGGAUGUGGAACACAGUCCCUCUAUUUCAAAUUUGCAAUUAAAGUUUGUGAAACGUACAUUAGUGUCUUAAGCUAGAUUCUGAAAAAUAUUCAAAGGGAGGCUUGGAAUGUACAGCGAUCAUAAAAUAGUUUGGUACCAUUCCAUUCAACAGUUCACAGCUUAUAAAGAGAUUCAGGGAAUAAGAUUAGAAUGGGUGCCUCAUGAAUAAGGUCUAUUUUAUGGAAUCGCUAAGCAGUAAGUUUUGCACACCCAAUUGAUUUACUAAGUUAGACUUGGUCGGCGACCAGUCUGAAGUAGUAUACCCCGGACAUUUUUGGCUGGCAACCUUUCCUUUGCUAAGCAGAUUUUUUUUUGCAUCUGAUUAAUGGUAAAUUUCUACGCAGCUAUGUGGAACUGACCCUCAUGCAUGCCUGCCUGAUAUAUUAUGCAUGGAUUCAUUCAACAGCCAUGUACAUGUACACUGUACGUGCUUAACCACUUCCUGCCGGGGGCUCCGGGAUCGGAGACGUAUG